AGCGAGACAAUCACAUCCUAAAGUCAACUGUGAAAAAUCAUAGGAAAAGUUUUUCGACGAAGACGCAGUGAAGCAGUCACGCGAGGCAAACAUCAGCAAGCUGAAUAAUUUUGGUCAGAACUCUCGCGUACAAAUAAAAAUACAAUGCAGCUUUGCUCAAACGACGGUCAAAAUACCGAAAACGAAUAAAAAAAAUUACAGAAUAUAUAUAUGUAGAUAAUAAAGUACAAAUAUCAUUAAAAAAAAAAAACAGAAAUAAAACCUACCUAAAGCUACUAAAACACGAAAAAAAAAUCAGUGCCCCGCUAAAACGACGGCCUGCCCGAACACAUCCACGAUUACUUCACUAACGAGGAGCACGACGAGGCGAAAACUCCACCGCAACCGACAAUCCCCACACUCGUCAGAGUGUUGCGGUGAAAAAUGUCAACAUUCUUAAACAACUUCUUCCCAGCUGAUACAGCUGCAAUGGAUCCUCUGUUUUAUCCGCCUUCGAACGGUAUUCCUUCAGAAAGUAAACUUGCAACAUACAUGAAGCGACCAAACGUGGCAACACCGACCUACGGUCCCAACUCUGGCUUCUCGCUACUUCACAUGGAUUCGCCUUUAUCGAUAAAGAAAUCCCAGGUAACUCCGCAGUCACCCGAAUUCAUUCCAACUCGCAUAAACGCGUCACCAAAUUUCUAUACACCUUAUCAUACGCCUAUGCUGAAUAAUGGUCUAGGCAAUGCUGGUGUCAACGUAGCAGGUGGCGUUAGGCCCUCGGCCGCUAAAUCGGUAAGUGGUACUCCCUCGUCUUUGCUUGGUCUGCAGAAAGCCACUGCUGCCGCGGUAGCUCAGCAGAAGCAGCUACAACAACAGCAGCAGCAGCAGCAGCAACAACAUCACCAUCAACAACAACAAUCACAACAACAACAGCAGCAGACGCAGUCGUCGCGCGCCCUGGUGAACGGUGUUUUACCGACGACCCAGCAGCCGACUGGCACACAAGCAUACGUCAACAUGACGACACCACUGAAAGUGCGCAGCAAUAUGCUUCGAAACGAAUCACCCACUACCCAUGGAGUUGGAGUUGGAGGUGGGAGUGUGGGUGGUGGUGGUGGUGGCGGUGGUGGUGAAAAGUCUCCUCCGCGCAUCACACCUCGCACCUCACCCAUCCCAACAACGCUACCGGCGAGCGUACAUCAGGAAAAUGUAGGUGGCACGAUAUACUUCUAUCCAACUGCCAAUCAUACAGCCGCCGCAAAUAACAGUGCCGUGGUGAGUAAUGUGGCUGAUCCUGUGAGCGCCCAUCGUGCCGCACCGUCGGCGGUAGCGCCAAUACCACCUGUGCAACCGCCAUUGCUAUACACGGGUCAUCAUGUGUAUCCAGGUCCGGCUUCCAACUUGAUUGCAUUACAACCGAAAACACACUUGGAAUCUGCCUUCUUCCUGCCUGAUGAGAUACGUUCAGAAAUUCUUGCCCGCAAUGAGAUCUCGAAUUUAAUGCUCGACCCAGCCGAAGCGACGCAACAUGCGCUUCCUCCGGAAGUGGAUAACUAUCACUCAUUAUACCCAUUGGAGCCAGUACAGGCGUUGCACGGCAAACUCACAAUACUUGCAUCUACCUAUAAGGCCACACAUAGCACCACGGGCAUUAAAUACUGCUUGCGGAGAUUACAUGGUUUUCGUCUCCAAUCAACAAAGUGCAUGGCUAUCGUGGAGAUGUGGAAGAAGUUACAACAUUCGAAUGUGGUACAACUGCGUGAAGUAUUCACGACAAAAGCAUUUGGUGAUAAUUCGUUAGUAUUAGUUUAUGAUUAUCAUCCCGGCUCACACACCUUGCUUACAAAGUACUUUACGCCCACACAGGAGCCCAAUGGCUAUCCCGAUCCAUUCCAAGGCGAUGCGCGCCCAUUCAGCCACAAGAGCAACUUGCAACGCAACAAUAACGGACCAUUGCUACCCGAAGCAACUAUUUGGUCAAUUAUCAUGCAAUUGACCGCUGGUUUACGUGCAAUCCAUCAAGCAGGACUCGCCUGCAAGGUCUUGGAUCCAACGAAAGUACUGGUGACCGGCAAGCGGAUGCGUCUGAGUUUUUGUGGCACAAGCGACAUUGCACAAUUCGAUCCCAAUGCAGCGAAUCCUCUAGCGGUGGCUAGCAUGCAUCAGCAAGAUGAUUUGACUGCGUUGGGUCGGCUGGUAUUGGCUUUAGCUUGUCGAUGUUUACAAUCGGUGCAGAGAGAAAAUGUCCAAAGCAGCAUUGAAAUGGUAUCACGUCACUACUCCAAUGACUUGCGUAAUUUCAUCGUCUAUCUAUUUUCGACGACGCAACGACGCUCAGUAACAGAUCUUAUGCCAAUGAUUGGUGCACGUUUCUACACACAAAUGGACGCAUUACAAAGCCUCUGCGACAUGCAGGAAGACGAAUUAGCUAAAGAGAUGGAGAAUGGCCGCUUAUAUAGAAUUUUGGUGAAAUUAAACUGCAUAAAUGAAAGACCUGAUUUUAAUAUGGAUUGCACUUGGUCAGAAACUGGUGAUAGAUACAUGCUGAAAUUGUUUCGUGAUUAUUUGUUUCAUUCCGUCACAGAAGAUGGUCGUCCUUGGCUGGAUCACGCACAUAUCGUACUCUGUUUAAAUAAAUUGGAUGCCGGCGCAUUAGAACGAGUUCAGUUGAUGUCCCGCGACGAACAAUCUGUCUUGAUCGUUACGUAUGCCGAACUCAAGAAUUGUCUUGAAAAUGCAUUUUCCGAGCUAAUGGUAACUCCAACAUAAUAAUUUCCAUACACUGCUGGCACCUGCGCUGUCAGUGCCAUCACCUAAGGCACCUCCAACAAAUUCCACCAUUGGCAUAAAUAGCAAAUAUACUUGUUUACAUUAACAGUAACAUUAAAAAUUGUUGUAACUGAAAGUGCUGUUACAUGUUAAAACCGCCGUCUGUUAUGAGGGGAAAUUAAGCACGAACGAGCAUAUUUGUAAACCAGAAGUAGCCACGCUUUUUAUCCACAAAUGAAAUCCGUCGAACCAUCGAUCAUAUACAUACAUAUGUAUUUCCUCUCCCAUAUUCCGUACUACAUAUACAUACAUAUAUUUAUCGAUCACUGAGACAUACAUAAUUAUUAAGCUAAAAAGAUUUUAAUGUGGAAACAUAGAAAAAUAUAAAACGAAAGAAAUUGAAAUGUAAACAAAGAGCUUUUUAAAAGUCUUUAAUGAACCAGAAAACACAAGCGAAUAAGAACGGGAGCAAGUCAUUUUUGAAAUGGUGUUUGGCGCUAUCUAUUGAAUACUAAUAAGAUGUUUUGUUGUUAUUGUACAAAAAGGAAUGGCGGAGUAUAUUGUCUAUUUUUACAAAAAAACAAAAAAAUGAAAAGAAAAUACAAAAUUAAACGGGUGUUGAAGUUGAAACCAACAACAAACAAGUAAAUAAAAAUGGGAAGUUGGAGCGAAAACAUGGGGACUAACUAGUACAGCCCAGAGCCCAGAAAAGUUAAACACAAAAAAUACAAAAAGUGCGCGUAUAAACUGUUAAGUGGUAGUACAAGAUUGUUUGUAACGGCUAAAGCGGCGGGAUGAGUAGCGCGCAACUC